AUGGAAUCUAACUGGGACCCCGACGACGCGUGGGGUUCGGACACGAUCGUUGGAAGCGGUAGCGAAAUCGCAGUCGCCGGGCCCGAAGAUGUGCAGGAUGACGAGUUCGAGACCUCGGAUUUUGACGCUUCGUCGAUGAGCAUGUUCGGCAGCGUUUCCUCGUCCAUUUACCGGCACUCUUACGAGAACGGCCGAAGAUAUCACAAGUAUCGGUACGGAACAUAUCCUAUCCCCAACGACGAGACGGAACAAAAUAGAGAAGACAUGAAACAUGUCGCAAUCCUGGAACUUACGAGGUAUAUCAUGAACUACCGAGCAAAUCCUUACGCUCCGGACCCAGGCGCUGACGGAUAUCUUAGAGGUAAGAACUAUUUCGCGCCGAUCGGCGACCACCCUCGGAAAAUAAUCGACCUGGGCACCGGCACGGGAACAUGGGCUAUAGAAGUUGCCGAAAUGUUCCCCGGGGCCGAGGUCGUAGGAUGCGAUUUGAGCCCUAUCCAACCUUUCUGGGUCCCGAGCAACGUCAGGUUCAUCAUCGACGACAUCGAAGAUGAGUGGGCCCACGGCGACGGUUGGGAUCUCGUGCACAUCCGCCAGGUCUUCCCGACAACGCAAGAUCCGCCCGGAGUGUGCAGACAGAGUCUUAGGCACCUCAAGCCAGGCGGCUGGAUUGAAGUUCAGGAUUUCGGCGGAAUCUUGAAAUGCGACGACGACACGUUCCAGGCAGAUUCCCUGCUCACCCAAUUCUACGAUAUGACAGCCGAAGCGCUAUCUAAGCGUGGGAUAAGAUGGACCAUCGCCAACAGCAUGGACGAGGUGCUGAGACAGAUUGGCUUCGUCAACAUCGAGUGCAAGAAAUUCAAAGUCCCUAUUGGGAUCUGGCCGAAGGCAAAGCGGCUUCGAUUAGUCGGGUUGUAUAUGAAGUCGGUGUUCGGGGAUCUCAUAGACGCACUCGCGCCUAUAGUAUUCCCAGUGCUUUCAAAGUCUCCGCAGCAGAUGAGGGAGUUCGUGGCCAACGCCCAAGAGGAAUUGCAGACGACGACCGCCCACAUAUACCUUGAUUACUUCUUCUGGUACGCUCAGAAGCCCCCAGCUGACUGAAGACGACAUGCCCGUCCUAUCUUAAUCACGACGACAAAAAUAUACCUAGCCACAUAUGCUAUACCUGAGCAGUUCGAAGACGAUCUCGUCCGGCCGAGCUUUGCCUAUUCAAGCAAACCAAGCUGCCCAGGAUACAGGUUAUUGACGACUGAAGGCUACCCAGGC